CUCAUGGUGUUAAAGAACAUUCACAAAGAAAAGGAAGAGGAGACGCUAAAAGUAGUUAUAUGGUGUCACCUCGGCCAUGCCUACAUAAAGGAAGUAAGCGAAGACGACGAAGAAGAGGACUAUUUCACUCUUGCUGAAAUCAAAGAAAAACUCGAGGAAGAAGGAAGCUGGAAGACCUCAAUCUUCGAAGGUGGCUUAGACGAUAUUGAAAUUGAGCGAAUUGAAAAACAUCUGGAGUCCCACGCAGUCAAGGAAGAUAUAAGAUACGACUUUAAGUUCAUCACUCCAUCUUGUAGAGAUGUUCGUGUUAAGGUACAAUUUUGGUACAGUUUUUCUUCGAAUUCCAGUAACUAUAAGUUGAAUGAUAAAAUCUCUCUCUGUCAAAAACCAAAUAAAAUUAUCCUCAUUUGUAACCCUUUAAAAUUGCAAAAAGAAAAAAACCUAUUAAAGUGGGACAGAGGGUCUUGUUCGAAACACACAUGGCACUCAUGUUGUCGUUAACUCUCUCCAUUAGAUUAUUGGGAGUGGAUGAUCCUUUUUUAAGAAUUUCAGUGUUAAUCAAAACAGGACCAGCAGCAAAACUGCUGUCAUGGUGACGGCACGGCGGGUGUCAUUGUGUUUCUUUUGUGAUGUACAUUUCUAGUCUCAAGUUUAGAGAACUCUGCUCUAAUAUUUCCAGAAAUAUUCCCUUUUUACUGUUUUAGUGGAACUAUUUUUGAUGUCAUCACUUUCCUCAUAUUUAUAAUACAAAAACC